CCCUUGUCAGUCGCCUAGGUCAAAUUUUGACACUUUAGUUUGCACCGGCUACUAGAUAGCAAGGAAAAUUCGUCUUGCUUUAAAAUUUUGUAAAAAUUAUUCAACCAUGCCUAUGAAAACAAUUUUUGCGCGUCAAAUCUUCGAUUCUCGUGGUAACCCCACCGUCGAGGUCGAUUUAAUCACCGAUUUGGGUCUUUUCCGGGCUGCUGUCCCAUCUGGGGCCAGUACUGGGGUCCAUGAAGCCCUUGAAUUGCGUGAUAACGAUAAAGCCAACUAUCAUGGUAAAUCCGUACAAAAAGCCAUCAAUAACGUCAAUUCUAUAAUCGCCCCUGAAUUGAUCAAAUCCAACUUGGAGGUGACCCAACAGACUGAAAUCGACGAUCUUAUGUUGAAGCUCGAUGGGACUGAAAACAAGUCCAAACUGGGGGCUAAUGCCAUCCUUGGGGUGUCUCUAGCCGUGGCGAAGGCCGGUGCGGCCAAGAAAGGCGUUCCUUUGUACAAACAUUUGGCCGAUUUGGCCGGAAAUAAAAACAUAAUUCUCCCGGUUCCGGCGUUUAAUGUGAUAAAUGGGGGCUCCCAUGCUGGGAAUAAGUUGGCCAUGCAGGAGUUUAUGAUUUUACCAACGGGGGCCAAGUCCUUCACUGAGGCUAUGAAGAUGGGGAGUGAGGUUUACCACCAUUUGAAGAAUGUGAUCAAGGCGCAGUUUGGUUUGGACGCCACUGCGGUGGGGGAUGAGGGUGGUUUCGCCCCCAACAUCCAGAACAACGAAGAUGCCCUCAAUUUGAUCAUCGAAGCGAUCAAGAAGGCGGGGUAUGAGGGCAAAAUCGACAUCGGUAUGGAUAUUGCCGCUUCCGAGUUCUACAAAGACGGCCAAUACGAUUUGGACUUCAAAAACCCGAAAUCUGACAAAAGCAAGUGGAUUURCGGGGAAAAACUCCUCGAGAUGUACAAAGGCUUCAUCAAAAAGUUUCCGGUGGUUUCCAUUGAGGAUCCCUUCGACCAAGACGACUGGAACUCCUGGUCGGCUAUAACCUCCUCCACUGAUAUCCAAAUCGUCGGUGAUGACCUCACAGUCACCAACCCCAAACGCAUCCAAACUGCCGUUGAGAAGAAAGCUUGCAAUUGUCUCCUCCUCAAGGUUAACCAAAUCGGUUCGGUUACRGAYUCSAUKKAAGCSCACCWWUUGGCCAAAMKGAACMGUUGGGGMACMAUGGUSUCYCACAGYUCMGGUGAAACUGAAGAUACCUUCAUUGCCGACUUGGUAGUGGGGCUUUCGACCGGGCAAAUCAAGACUGGAGCCCCUUGCAGGUCCGAGAGGUUGGCCAAAUACAACCAAAUUUUGAGAAUUGAGGAGGAGUUGGGUGCCAAUGCGAAAUACGCAGGAAAGGCCUUCCGCAAGCCACAAUAACUCAGACUUUAGUAGAGAUGUAAGCUCAUAGAUGUAUCAUGUAUGAUUGUAAACAGUGUAUGAAAUGAACAAUACAUUUUCAAACAGCA